GCUCAGGAAGGAGGGGAGGGGCGCUGGGUCCUGGCAGGAAAUGGCUCUGCGGCUGUCGCUCCGGCAGGGCCGUUCUUUCGUCUCAGCUGGCGGACAAGCCAGCUCAGCUUUUCUGCACAGUUCUUUGGGAAGUAAUACCUUUAGUGCAAAACGAAGUACUGAACCCACCAAACAACCACUUAAGAAGCCAGUAACACCAGUAGGUCGUUUUGAUACACCAGAAGAAUCCAAUGUAGAAAAGGAGUCACUAGAAAAAUUUCCCGAUGAUAUCAAUCCAACGACAAAAGAGAAGGGUGGUCCCAGAGGCCCUGAACCAACUCGUUAUGGAGACUGGGAAAGAAAAGGACGCUGCAUUGAUUUUUAACUCCUUUUAUUUUUUUGGAUAAUGACAUUUGAGUGAAAAUAAAACCAAAAAGAGUGAGGGAGGGGAAACCACUUUACCUACAUAAACCAAAAUCUUCGCAUUUAUCUGUAACGUGUCAUAUUUGUAGUAUUUAACUAGAAUCUUUGUGGAUGUUUAUGGUUAAAUAUAGUGAAAUUGCAUUUUAAUAAACUAAUGUGGAUAGGUUCUCCGCUGUUGAUUUGGGUGAUGCUACAACAUUAUUUUAAAAAGAUGUAAAACUCUGCAUGAGAAAAUCUGGUAAAACUAGAGUUUACUUUAUAGGUUUUCAAAUUAACAUUUUGGCGAAGUUCCAUGGUGGCGAUAGGAAUGCAAUAGGAUUUUAUUACUGUUGCAAUAUUAAACAUACUUAUUGGAAAAAAAAUUGUUGAAUUUAUUUUUCUUACUGAAGUUAUUUCAUUUUCAAAGAACACUUCUAUAUUGGAUUUAGUAUGACAAAAACAGUUCAUUAUUCAGAGUUUGCAGAAUAUCUUCCGACUUUAUUACAUACAGGCCAAAGUAUGGCAGAGCAAGGGAUUUCUAAUAUUCCUUGAUUUCUAUAUAAAGUAAUGAAGCAAGUAAUUUUUCCACAUGUAUGAACAUAGUUUAAUCAUGAUGGAGUAGACUGCUGAACCUUUAACUGUAAAAUGUACCAAAAUUAGCACACUGUUUAAGCCAUUUAUCUAUAUUUAAACCAAAUACACAAUGUAAUUCCUAAUCAUUGCAAGAAAAUUGUUAAUUAUUACCUAUUAGGUUUAUGUAUUUUUCUUUUUAGACAUGUUAAAAACUGUGAAAGUGACUUUAUUCCAAUCUAUUUCAUUUAUUAUUCCUCUGCACUUAAUGAAUUGUUUAUCCCUAUCUUUAGAAGAAGUGGCAAUCUUGAUUAUGUUAUCAUUUAUCUGUCUGAUCAGCUGCUUUUAUUUAAAUAAAGGUUUCCUUAUAAAACUAUUAGCUUAUUUAUAAAUAGCUAGAAAUGUGAAUUCUCAAGUAGAAGCACAUUCAGGUUUUCUGAAUAUGAAUGUAUUUUCAUUUGUAUCUACAAUGCUUUAAAACAGCAUAUUAAUAUUGAUACAAAUGUCCAUAGAAACUUAUUAAAAUAAAUCUAGUGACAAUGAGUACUUUGUUUUGAAUAUUCAAAACAAUUUUUCAAAUUUAACUGCUUUUUUAUAUGGUUGGGUAAAUAUUUCAUGUUUGGAAAUCCUGAGAUUGUGUGGGAUCGUAUUCCUGUACCUAGUUUUUUUCCAGUAUUGACUAUAAAAUAACUAUAUUUUCCACAUUUUCUCUUCUUAAGAUUAUAAUUUAUAUAUAUGACCACAUUACACAUGAUAUAGGUUUAGUUAAAAUUCUGUCACUUUAUAAACAAAGUUAAAAUUGACGGUAGAAAAGAUAUAAACAGAAGUAUGUUUUCUUUUCGCUAUGGUAAUGAAGUGGAAAAUGUAAGUCAAUGCAAGCAACUUUUAUUUGUACUGAGUAGCUAUUUUGCAAUAUGGUAAAUAAAACUUCAUCUGUCACAAAUACUUAAGUAUACACCAUUUCUAUGAUAUAACUUGCUUGGUAUCUGAUUAUGUACUUCAUAACCACAACGGAAAAUAAAAAUAUACAUUUUUGUUCUUCACAAAAAA